ACCUCGGUGUCCACAUCCUGGGUUCGCAAAGGAGGGGCUGAAGCUGCCAAAACGGAAAAUAGGGUUCAUCUCACGGGAUAGAAAAAAACUUUUACUAUAAUAUAUGAAAUAGACGGAGAGUUUUGCAGGUUAAGUGUGUUUAACAAGUAAUAAGUAGCGCAACAAAGUAAAGCACAGUUAGAUUACUUCUGUAAAUUUAUACAGGACUAAUCAGCAAUCAACUUAGACUAAGCCGCGUCACCGUGCAGUGUGGUCCGAAGUAGGCGCUCACUAUGUCUGAUGGGGACUACGAUUACCUAAUCAAGUUCCUAGCUCUUGGUGACUCCGGAGUGGGAAAAACUAGCUUUUUGUAUCAGUACACAGAUGGCAAAUUCAACAGCAAAUUCAUCACGACAGUGGGAAUUGAUUUCAGAGAAAAGAGAGUGGUGUAUAAAUCCAACAGCCAAGAUGGAAAAGUGGGAAAAGGCCAGAGGAUUCAUAUUCAGUUGUGGGACACAGCAGGACAGGAGAGGUUUCGAAGUCUGACGACGGCUUUCUUCCGAGAUGCCAUGGGUUUCCUCCUCUUAUUUGAUCUCACAAAUGAGCAGAGUUUCCUUAAUGUCAGGAACUGGAUGAGUCAGCUACAGAUGCAUGCAUAUUGUGAAAACCCAGAUAUUGUGCUGUGUGGCAACAAGUGUGAUCUGGAUGACCAAAGAGUUGUUAAAGAACAGGAAGCCAAGGAGUUGGCAGAGAAAUACGGAGUUCCAUACUUUGAGACAAGCGCAGCAAACGGACAGAACGUGAGUCAGGCUGUGGAUGUUCUGCUAGACCUUAUCAUGAAGAGGAUGGAGCGGUGUGUGGACAAGUCCUGGAUCCCAGAUGGUACUGUGCGCUCUAACGGGCACAGCACGAGUGAAAGGAUGUCGGAGCAAAAGGAAGAGGAGAAAAGCAAAUGUAGCUGUUAGAAUGCUGUUUACACCUGCUGUAACUGCAACUGUUGCAUUGCUGUGGAUCCAUAUUUUACCAUUUGAGGAGGGCUGAAUUUGAAACGCUAUGGGAAUGUAACCCAUUUACCAAAUACAGCAUUGGCAGUUUUUACCUUGGCAUGCACAAAAUAGUAUGUGUAGAGUGAUAUGUUCACUGUAAAUCAAUGUAACCAGAGAUUGUUCCUAUGGUCUAUCAGUGCAUUACAAAAUCUGAUUGUUUUCUGGAUUUAUUUUCUUAGUAGUUUUGGCAUUGUGUGUCCAUCUACAUUUGUUAUACAGAUUGUAAAAACAGUUCCAAAAUUUUAAGCAUUUAGUGGAAUUAAGAAAUAAUUUGCCUGACAGUUGCAUUUUGCUUGAGUAUGAGCUCUAUUGUGCCCUCUGUUUCAACAGGAGACUAUAGUAACCUUAAUGAUAGAAUGAAUGACUCAGUGCUGCACUCUGCUGAUUUAUUUAUACAAAUUUGAAGAGAGCCUCAAUAUUUUUCAGAAUUAAUUUUGAAUGUCUUAAAAUAAGCAGUUAAUCUGGAUGGUGAUAAAGAACUUCUGCUUUCAGUGCAUUCCAAACUAUAUGCAUGGUCAAGGAGUCUAAUAAUGCUAUGUUGGUUUGAACCAAGUUUCUAUAUCAAUUUCAAAACUAAUCAUUCUGCAAUAGUCUCAGCUUUUAUUGAUUGAAAUACCGUGUUACUUUCAAAAUGCAGUCUCUAUGCUAGUAAACUAUUCUCUACUCAAGAAGGUGCAGAUAUUUUCUUUUUCCCCACUUAUUUACUCCUGGCGUAGUUUCAGUACUGUUUUACCCAUAAUAAGUGUUCCAAGAUUUUAAAUAAUAUAUACUGUAUUUAAAUGCAGGAAGUGUGUGUAUAUAUAGUAUAAUGCAGACUUUCCGAAAUGAAAACUGCAGCCACAGCAGUUUGUACACUAGUUCUGUAGCUAAUGCAAAAGGUAUUAAAGAUGCAUUUUUUUUGUUGUAUUUAAGAAAAUGCUGCUGGCCAGAGCUGUAACUGGUAACAGAAAUGAAACAACACCGUUGCUUUUUUUUCCAGUUUAAACAGUUAAUAGAAAGUAUUUUAAAAGCAGUUUUUUUCAAAUAAGCUGGCUUUUAUUGUACAGCAAGCUGAUUCUCUCCACCAUGCAUUAUAUAAGUAUUUGUAAUAGUAAUAAGGCCAU